AUGAAUGAUCCCCAGGAUACUCAGUACUCCAACCUCCCAGAUAGUCCUCAGGCCCAAUGGGAAUUAGACAGUGCCAGGGCCACCAUGGCUGCAGCAAGGGAGGAGGAAGUCACUGUGUCAGAGGAGAUGUAUAGUGGUGGAACACCAAGUUCUCCCCAGAGUCCUCAGAGAGCCUCCCCUCCCCCUAUGGAAGUGGAAAUGGCUUCCAUGGAGCAAGUACAAGAGAUGGGAAACCCACUGUCAAUGUUGCACAAUGCACUACACAUAAAAGCAUAUGACUUAGUGCACUUUCUGGUUUCCAAAUAUGAAAUGAAGGCGCUCACUAGCAAGGGGGAAAUGCUGGAAGCUAUUGGCAGGGAGUAUGAGGACUACUACCCUCUGAUCUUUAGUAAGGCCUCUGAGUGCUUAAAGCUGGUCUUUGGCAUUGACAUGAUAGAAGUGGACCCUGUUGUCCAUAUCUAUGUCCUUGUCAUUGCCCUGGGGCUCACCUAUGAUGGGAUGCUUACUCCUGUCGAGGGCAUGCCCAAGACAGGCCUCCUGAUAGUUGUACUGGGUAUCAUUUUCAUGCAGGGAAACCGGGUCCGUGAGGAGGUGAUCUGGAACACCCUAAAAAACAUAGGGCUACCUAAUGAGAGUGGUCCUUACCUAUGUGAGGAUCCCAGGAAGCUCAUCUUUGAGGAUUUUGUGCGGGAAGGGUACCUGCAUUAUAGGCGGGUGCCUGAUAGUGAUCCUCCUUCCUAUGAGUUCCUGUGGGGCCUAAGGGCCCACAUCGAAACCACCAAGAUGAAAGUCUUGAAGUUUUUUAGCAGCAUAACUAGGACUGAUCCCAGAGAAUACCCUGAGAAGUAUGCAGAGGCUUUGAGAGACGAGAUAGAGAGGGCCCAGGCCUGGAUUGCCGGGCGGAUGACUUCUGGCUCUGACCCGCACACGUUCUCGUGCACGGGCAGUUCCCAACCAACAUCAGGUCAGGCAGAAUCCGUCAUCCUAGGACCAUACCAUCAUUUGAGGGCUGGUGGGAGGUGCUGCGAACCAUUGUAG